AAGUCAACUUCAGUCCACCAAAGUCACAUAUCCCAGCACUGCCCACCAUGACGUACAGUGUGGACAGCCUGGAGAACCUGAUGACCGCUCUAGGAGGACGUGGCAAGUUCCAGUUGAUGGCCCACGUCCUGAUAGCGUCUUCCUACAUUAGCCUGGUCUUUCAUCACGUCAUCAUGGCCUUCCACGGGUCACCGGUACCCCACACGUGCAUGGCCAAUGUGGGGAACUCAUCGGCAAUCUUUGAAGGAAACCUGACCAAUGACGUGACUAACACGUCCCACUCGCAAUGCUCGACUACUUUUUACUUCUCUGACGGCCGUAACGAGACUGUACUGUGUACGGCGGGACAGUGGAUGUACACUCCUGUACACAACGAGUGGAACAUCGUCAGCCAGUUCGAUCUCGUCUGCUCCGAUGCUUACCUUGUCAAUCUGGCAACGACCGUCUAUUUCUCUGGCGUCACCAUCGGUGGUCUCGUGUUUGGGGAUCUGGCUGACCGGUACGGCCGUCUUCCCGUCAUGCUCUUCACCCUCUACACGUCAUCGGUCCUGGGGGUCAUCAUCGCCUUCUCUGUCAACUACACCAUGUUCGUGGUCCUGAGGUUCAUACAGGGGAUGUUGUUACAGGGCCUCCAAACGUCCGCGUACACGCUGGUGAUUGAGCUGUAUGUGGCCAAACAUCGACCGUUUGCUGGAGUCGUGACGGAAUGUUUCUUUGGUUCCAGCGUCAUCGUCCUCGCCGGUCUGGCGUAUCUGUUGAGGAACUGGCGACAUCUGCAGAUUGGGAUCAGUGUAGUGGGGGUCACAGCACUGGCACAUCCUUGGAUCGUUCCUGAAUCUAUUCGAUGGCUCAUCAUGAAAAGAAAAACAAAGAAAGCUUUCAGCGUCAUCAAGAGAGUCUGCAAAUUCAACAAGAUCCCAGUCCCUGAUAAAGAAUGGGAGAUAAUCAAAAGGGAGACGAACAAAUCAACAGCUGGACCAAUCAGACAGUGUAAUUUGACUGACUUGAUCCGCAAUGGACAAAUGAGACAAAGAUCUCUCAUUCUCUUCUACAUUUGGCUAGUGAUAUCAACCUGCUACUACGGCCUCACUUUCAAACUAUCCAGUCUCCAUGGCAACCCCUAUCUGCUCUUCUGUAUCGGAGGUGUGUUCGAGACGUCAGCGUAUGCGCUGAGUUUGCCCAUGAUGAAAAUAUUUGGUCGUAAAAAACCCCUCCUGGCAACCCUGAUAAUAGCAGCUGUGACUUGUAUUGCAGCCGGAUUUAUGAAUGAUUAUUUAUCUGGCUACAGCUAUCUAAUAGCUGCCCUGGCCGUGGCGGGUCGGUGUGCCGCGAGUUGCCAGUUUGCCAUUAUAUUUGUGUACACGUCAGAGAUCUAUCCCACAGUCAUGAGAAACAUUGGCAUGGGCGCCUGCUGCUUCUGGGCUCGUGUAGGUGGUAUUGUGGCCCCACAGAUAAACCACUGGACUAAAGCCCUAUGGAACGUCGAUGCUAUUAUCAUAUUCGGCGUAUGUUCGUUCAUAGCUGCCCUAACGCUGUUCCCUCUACCGGAAACACACAACCAGAACUUGCCAGAUACGAUUCAGGAAACAGAGACCAAAAACACUGAGCAAGACCAUGAAGCUUUCGAGUUUAAUCUAGUAUCAGACAAAAUAUGUUAAUUUCUUCACGAUUCAAUAAUUCCUUUUUUAAUACGUUGUAUAUAUUAAUAGAU